AUGAUGUGGAAACGAGGCAUUUGUUCCGAAUCCCUUACCGUUGUACGGUUCCAAUCUCAAGGCCCUGGCGCGAAUCGGAUUGUUCAUCAGUUGUUUUGCGGUCCCGGAAUUGGUAAAUCGGAUUUGGUGAAAAUGACAGAAUCUGCUCAAUCGGACACGACUAGUGAUAGCGAUUUUGAUGAACAGGAUCUGACGGUGGAGGAUGAGGACGAGGAUAGUAUUGCUCCGGAGGAAGACGUGGCGGACGAAGAAGAAGUGAAUAGUUUGGUCAAAGUGAGUUCUUUUUUCAUUAUUUUUACUUGCUGA